AUGUGCCGGGGCUGGGGCGGGGCUACAACGCCUCGGGCUGGGAGUGUCUGGUCUGGGGGCGGGGAAUGUGAACAAGUCUGGCACCGCCCCGACAAAGCCUGCGCGCGCCCCGUCCUGCGACUGGCUGUGCCGCACCGCACCGCCUCCUCGUCCCGCCCCCCGUCGCCGGUCCGGCGCUCUGCAGCCAAUGGAUGCGACCGUCGCCGCCUCCGUCACAGCCAAGCUCCCGCCGCGCCCGCCGCUGGCCCCCGUGAUGCCGACCUACUGCUCUUCGCCACGCCACAGGCGCCCCGGCCCACACCCAGCGCUCCGCGCCCUGCGCUCGGCCGCCCACCGGUGAAGCGGAGGCUGGACCUGGAAACUGACCAUCAGUACCUGGCUGAGAGCAGUGGGCCAGGCCGGGGCAGGGGCCGCCACCCAGGGAAAGGUGUGAAAUCUCCGGGGGAGAAGUCACGCUAUGAGACAUCACUGAAUCUGACCACCAAACGCUUCCUGGACCUGCUGAGCCGCUCAUCUGAUGGCGUUGUUGACCUGAACUGGGCAGCCGAGGAGCUGAAGGUUCAGAAACGGCGCAUCUACGAUAUCACCAAUGUCCUUGAGGGCAUCCAGCUCAUCGCCAAGAAGUCCAAGAACCACAUCCAGUGGCUGGGCAGCCACACAGCGGUGGGAAUCGGUGGGCGACUUGAAGGACUGACCCAGGACCUCCGGCACCUACAAGAGAGCGAGCGGCAGCUGGACCACCUGAUCCACGUUUGUACCACACAGCUGCAGCUGCUCUCUGAGGAUGCUGACAGCCAGCGCCUGGCCUACGUGACCUGCCAGGACCUACGCAGCAUUGCAGACCCUGCAGAGCAGAUGGUUGUGGUGAUCAAGGCCCCUCCCGAGACCCAACUUCAAGCUGUGGACUCCUCGGAGACCUUUCAGAUCUACCUUAAGAGCAAACAAGGCCCCAUUGAUGUUUUCCUGUGUCCUGAGGAAAGCUCGGGUGGGAUCAGCCCUGGAAAGACCCCAAGCCAGGCAGCGGCUUCUCCUGGGGAGGAGGACAAGGUGGCAGUCCCUGUCACCACAGUACCACCACCACCAUCACCUCCAUCAUCUCCUGCCACAGAUCCCGGCCAGUCCCUGCUCAGCCUGGAGCAAGAACCGCUGCUGUCCCGGAUGGGCGGCCUGCGGGCCCCUGUGGAUGAGGACCGCCUGUCCCCGCUGGUGGCGGCCGACUCACUCCUGGAGCAUGUGCGGGAGGACUUCUCUGGCCUCCUCCCUGAGGAGUUCAUCAGCCUGUCCCCUCCCCAUGAGGCCCUCGACUACCACUUUGGCCUUGAGGGCGAGGGCAUCAGAGACCUGUUCGACUGUGACUUUGGGGACCUCACCCCCUUGGAUUUCUGA